UUGGGAUGUCCACAAGGCCAAAUGGGAGGGCCCCGCCCAACAAUUAUAAAAGUGUGCGGGUCAUUAGUCAUUCAUCAGGCAAAGAGGGGCAAGCAGCAAGAUGGAGAGGGACGCGCAAUCUUCCAAAGUCUCAGGAGACAACAGUGCAGUUUGUAGGCAAUUCAUCAACGGAUUUUGCCGUUAUGGCCAAAGCUGUUACUUUCUGCAUGAGUAUCCUGCACUACCAUCGUUUCAGGUUCAAUGCCGGUACUUUCAAAAAGGUGGAUGUUGGUUUGGUGAUCGUUGCAGGUACCUCCAUGGUCCCCCAACAGAUGCGGGGCCCUCAGGGAGCAGCAGACGAGGUUCGGCACCCGCGGUGUUCCCUUCUGCGUUGGCAGGUCGGGCUUUUGCUGACCGCCGGGGAUCCGAACCCUCUCUUCUACCAGCUCAGGGGGCGUAUAGUAUGAAUCGUAGAGGGUCUGAGCCCCUGGUUACCAGCAUGAGCAUGUUACAGCAGAAUUUUGAACGACUAACCACAGGCAUUGCCGAGGAGGAAGAGAUUGUGGAAGAGAUGCCUUCCCAGCAGCAGGAAGCGUUACGCCGGCUGCAAAGUAGGGCUACAGACUCCAAUUCGUCACACAGUUACAGCUCAGCAAGAUCUGUGCCUAAUGCAACACCUGCUGAGGUGAGCGGCUUGCCGGAGAGACCAGAUCAAGGUGGUGCUGCCGUCUCCGCAGGGCAGCACCAAUCUGAGACUACUGACCAAAGCAAAGAUGUGCCAUGUGGAAUCUGCAUGGACAAGAUUUCUGAGAAAACAUCCGCUCAGGAGCGGCGCUACGGCAUCCUUCCCAACUGUAAUCAUGCCUUCUGUAUCAGCUGCAUUGUUACCUGGCGAAAGACUAAAGACUUCCAGGAGGAUGUCAUCAAGGGCUGUCCACAGUGUAGAGUGAAAUCCUCCUUUUACAUUCCCAGCAAGCACUGGGUCUGUGAUGGGGAGGAAAAGGCAUCACUGAUCGCCUCUUUCAAAGAAAGGAGCAGUAAGUUAAAGUGCACUUUCUUCAUGCGUCAUGGGUGCUGCCCCUUCAAAACUGAGUGUAUAUACAGUCAUGAUGUGCCCACAUCUCAUACGUUCCAUCGCAGGCGUUCUACACCAAGGAACACUGCUGAGAUGGAGGAUUUAGACAUUGAUAGCAUCCAACUCUGGAGCUACAUUUUCGCCUUAACUCUGUUGGAUGACGAUGACGAUGUGGAUGACCUCCUCCUGGAUUUUUUUGAUGAUUGAGGACCAUCUUGAACCAUAUGUAUAUCUUUGCUCAUAAACCUUGAGUGGGCUUGGCUUCUUCUGCACUGAAAUGUACGUCUCUUAGGGUUGGCUUACUUUUAGCAUCCCAUUUCUUGUUUGGCUAAUUGUAUAGCCUUGUAAAUUUACGGUGUGAGUGACUUUGUGUGUUUGUGUGUGCUAUGGUCUUUUGCCUUAUUUUGUGCAAGGGAGUGGGGAAAAAAGAUUACAUGCUCUGAUCUCUGUAGCUUAAGGUUUAGGUAAGGGAGAGGUCUAGGGCAAAAAAGUGUUAAGAUCUUAAAAUUGAAUGCAUGGUUAUUUGUUUAGGCUUUUUUUCUCUUGUUGAUCCUUUAAUACUUCUAUGCUGCUCCCUGAUUGUUGCACCCUCUUGUCUGAUACCUUUAUAUGAAAUUGGCUUUUAAUAUUUUUGUAUACUUUCUAGUUUAUAGUAUUGUGCCAGUAUUCUGCCAAACACUAAAUGUGCAACCUGUCAGCAGGCUUAUGAUAAACUGUUCCCUUUAGCAGUGUUAACAGGUUUAAAACUUGAUUCUACUAGGACUUGACGUCACAUUUUAUGACUUUUAGUAUGUUUGUAUUCACUCAAAGAAAAGUGAAAAUAAAAAAUGUUCCACUGUUUGCCUCA